UGGCGACGGGGUGUAGCCAGCCAACGGGCGUCGAGCGUCGCCUGAGGGGCGAGUCCUGGUCUCCAUGGCGACGGGGCGGAGCCAGCCAAUGGGCGUCGAGCGGGAGGCUGAGGCGAGGGGAGCCGCUCCUCAUUCGAGCGGAGGCCUGGGCAUGGAGAGCGGCGUGGCGCUGGUGGGGGUCUCGGCGGGCGCUUUCCGGCUGCUCAACGCCGGGCUCGAGCGGCUGGCUCCUUCCCCGGCGAGGGGGAACCCGUGGAAGUGGCGGAACCUCUGGACCUCGCUGGCCCACAGCCUCCUCAGCAGCGCAGGCGCACUCCUCGGGUUCGCGCUGCACCCGAGCAUGGCCCAGGACCUCAUCGAGGGGCACCCGCCCGCCUCCCACCGCCUCCUCGGCGUCUCCCUCGGGUACUUCCUCCAGGACUUUGUGGACAUGGCCAGCAACCAGACGCUGCAGCAGUGCUGGGAGCUGCUCUUCCAUCAUUCGGUGGUGAUAGUCUGCUUCGGCUUUGCCUUCCUGACCGGCCGCUUUGUGGGCUUUGCCAUGGUGGCCCUGCUGGUGGAGGUCAACUCGGUCUUCCUGCACCUGCGCAGCCUGCUGCGGAUGGCCGGCAAGGCUCCGGGGGCCGCCUCCUACCGCCUGACGCGGCUGCUCAACCUGGGCACCUACCUGGUCUUCCGCAUCAGCACCUUGGCUUGGAUGACGCGCUGGCUGGUGCUGCACCGAGAGGUCGUCCCCACGGGGCCCUACGCCCUCAGCCUGGUGGGCAUGUCCAUCAUGAUGCCCAUGAACAUCAUCCUCUUCUGCCGACUCCUGCGCAGCGACUUCCUCGCCUCCGGCCAGCGGGAGAAGGACAAGUGACCGCCGGGGAGGCAGGAGGGGCCGGAGGACCUCAGACCACCCUUCGCCCGCUGUUGGUCACAACAAAGGUGUGACACGUCUCCAAAGUCGGGCCUCUCUGAGAGCAGGUGAACUACAACUCCCAAGGGAAGAAGCAGCUAUUGGGGACUCUCUGUGUAUCGGAGAGAUCUAGUUUCACCCUUGCUAUGCCUUGGGGAGAAGUAGCAGGACAUCCCUUUUUAAAAAGCCAAAGAAUUUGAAUGGCAAAUUAAUAAUAGCUAAUUAUCAGCAUUAUUAUUGAUCACCAUCAUGCAUCAUUAUUAUUGAGCGCCAUCAUUAAUCAUUAUUAAUCAAUAUUAUUGGUCACCAUCAUUAAAAAUGAUCAUUUGUAAUUAUUAUUGGUCACCAUCAUUAAUAAUUAUCAUUUGUCAUUGUUAUUGG